AUGACCCACUCGCGACCGGUUACAGGUACCAUAGUGAAAACAAGUGAUCGAAACCGAUGCUGUAGACAUUGCGACUGUACCAUCGACACUCCGCGAAAAGUCGUUCGCCGAUUAUGCUUCGACCUCCUGUUGAGUCGUAAUGCUGACGCAUGUGCAGUCCUUGGUCUCCCUCCAUUAGUACUUUGGCACCAAUUAUACACGAUAUUACCUAACCGAACAUUCGUGGACCAAAAUGUGCAUCGAUUCCGGACCGAAGGCCGGUUAUUGACGUUUAAGAUUCCUUCAGGCGCUGACGAUGAAGUUCUGAUACGUACAGAAGACUACGUGGCAGAGGUGGAAAAGCGUGAGGCUGCUCUUCGUGAGCAGAUACGCCAGCAACCUGGAGACAAACCUGCGUUCGCCGCGCUGGCCGCUAUGGCUUCAUUUAGGCGUGCGCUGCCGCAACUCGCACCACAAUCGACUACUUCAAUACAAUUGUUUCUGUCUCACAUGAGUGAGAGUGGAAGCUCGGAUGAACAAGAAGUUCGAGCUAUGGUGGGGCAGGUUCGACGGCUUGGGUUCUUGCUGCCCACGCCUCGGUUGGACGGCGAGGCGUAUGCGUUUUCGAUUCCAGGGGUAGGAAAGUUGGUGUCUGUAAUCAGGAAGACGCGGACGUUGAUUAUAAGGACGUUGAAGCGCACAAAGUACAAAGAGAUGCACGAGCAGCAAUUGAAGAAAGCCAAGCUAGCAUGUUCGUGCUUUCAGUUAGAAUUCCAUUUGGCUGAUAUGGAGGGAUGUGGGUUGAUUCGGCGCACCAAAGUCACGUCCGGCAUUCUAGUCACGCUUACUGACAAGUAA